GUGCAGGCAGCGUGGUGCACGGCACAGACGAACCAGCGGCAAAGGGAGGAACGCCGCGAGAGGCCGAACCCACAGCGCUGGGACUAGCGACAGCUUCGGGUGAGAACCGCGGCCCGAGUACAAGCAGAAAAGCAACCCCGGAAGAUGGAGUUUUGCCUGGGCCACAUCUCCUCAGGCGAGGCGCGGCAGAUGAAGUGGGCCACCGACCCACCAACACCACCGCGGCACCCACGGAGCCCUCGACCCACACCCCAAAGCCCACCAUAACACAAACAGCAGACACAUCACUGUCCCCCAUCUACAAGGGUGAAGGCACGAACUCGCCAUGGACUUCCCCCCAGACAGCCCCCAUUGCUGAAGGCCGCUCACCCCCAACAGCCCUAGACAGCUCCUUAAGUGCCACAGACUCGGGUCUCCACCAUACAUCUGACCCCGCUGUGCCUCCGGCUGACAGGAGCAGCACGGGGGGCCCUUCCACAGCUGCCAUUUUGGCUCUGGCAGAUCUCACAGCACCUGGCGUGGGGAGCACAGGGGGGCCCAGAGGGAGCCCCUCAGUCCUUGGCCCCACAGGGCUGCCCAGCCUUGCUUGCUCCAAGAAGGCUGCCUGUGGUGGGACACAGACCUCCAUGGCCACCACAGGGAUAGCUGGCAUGGCAUGGUUACGCACCAUCGCUGCAGGAACAGCAGUUGAAAUGACCACUCCUAAAACAUCCAGCGACACAGGAAAAUCCACUGCUGUUGUUAUCACCACCACAGUAAAGGGGACAACUGGCUCUUCGACCGCAGUCCUUGCAGAAACACCCUCCUCUGCUCCUAUGACAAGAUCACCAUCUGCCACCACCUCGGCUGUUACUUGGAGCACUGCGCUGGACAAGAUUGCCCCAGAUCAGACCUCACCUACACCCACCUCUACUCUGGCAUCCACCACCACUGCUACCAGUACAGGCAUUUCAACCCUUGAGCUAACCACCUUGGGCAUCUCCACCAGGGCGGAAACUUCCACAACAGCUGCCCAGUCCACUUACACUCCUGAGACCACACCAAAAUCCACAGCCACCACACCACAAAAGUCUACUCUGGAGACAACCUUCACACUUCACUCAACCAAUACAGAAACACCCAGCCCUGCUGCUGCCACAACCACUGCCGUCACUUCCAGCCACACAGGAACAUUCACUGCUACCGUUGCCACCACGACAGCUAAAGUGAAAAGAGGAUCUACCAGCACAGUCCUGGCACAAACAACCUCCUCUGCUCAUGUGACAGGCUCAACCUCUUACACCACCUUGGCCGUUACUCAGAGCAUGGCUCUGGUCAAUACUUCCCCAACUCUGACCUCACCUACAACCACCUCUAGUCUGGCAACAAGCACUAUUGCUACCAGGACAGGCAUUUCAGUCCUGGAAGCAAGAACUGAGGGUGCAUCCACCAUGGUGGACAUUUCCACAAUGGCUGCCCAGUCCACUGCUCCUCCUGAGACCACACCUAAAUCCGCAGCCACUGCAAUGGAAAUGACUGUUCUAGAGAAAACCUCCACACUCCCCUCCACCAGUGCAGAAACAUCGAGCCCAGCUGCUACAACGAACACUGCUGUCCCUUCCAGCCACCCAGGUACAUCCACUGCUGCUCUUGCCACCACCACAGCUACGGGGACAACAGGCUCUUCCACCACGGUCCUUGCAGAAACAUCCUCCUCCACUCCUGCAAGAAGCUCACCAUCUUACACCACCUCGGCUGCUAUUCGGAGUACUGCGCUGGACAAAACCUCCCCAACUCCGACCUCACCUACACCCACCACUACGGCCCCCCCCCGCCACUGCAACCAGUACAGGCAUGUCAACCCUCGGGCUAACCACCAUGGGCAUGUCUACCACG